AUGUGGGAAGAAGAGGAGGUCAAGCUCGGAGGCGGCAGCAGCAGCGACACGGGUCUGGCCAGCGCCGCGGCGCGGGGGCAGGUGGAGGCUGUGCGGCAGCUCCUGCAGGCGGGCGCCGAUCCCAACGGAGUCAACGGCUUCGGGAGGCGUCCGCUCCAGGUCAUGAUGAUGGGCAGCACCCGCGUGGCGGAGCUGCUGCUGGCCUACGGCGCGGACCCCAACUGCGCGGACCCCGCCACCCGCACGAGGCCGGUGCACGACGCGGCCCGGGAGGGCUUCCUGGACACGCUGGCGGCGCUGCACCGAGCCGGGGCGCGGCUGGCCGUGCGCGACGCCUGGGGCCGCCUGCCCGUGGACCUGGCUGAGGAGUCUGGGCACCGGGACAUCGUCCGCUACCUGAACGCGGCCGCAGCAGCAGCCGGCGCAGGUCCUGCAGUCCCCGGGGCUUAA